GCAUUUACAGGUAAUGUAUAUCGGAUGGAGUUAAAAAACGUCCGAGAUCAAGACUCUGGGACGUAUGUCUGCCUGACACCAUUUGAUUCAAAUCGAGGCAAAGUUCACAUCGAAGUCAUCCCCGCGUGUGAUGAUCCGGGAAUUCCCGAAAAUGGCUUCCGCACUGGCGAUGAUUUUACUCUUGGCAAAAUUGUUGUGUUCUGGUGUCCAGAAGGAACAACAUUAAAUCAAAAUGAUCGUCGAAUCAUCAUCAGAUGCAUGUCUAUAGAUAACGUAGCACAAUGGACGGAUGAGACACCAAUAUGUUUUAAAA